CGGCGACCGCCUCGCCUCCUGCCCCCGCACCGCCGGCCAGACACGGGCACGCGGGGCCUCGCCCGGACCCGAGAGCGCUGCGGUGGCGCGCAGGCGGCGCAUCGGCUCCCUCCCUCAGCUCUCCGCGCCGCUCCCGGGGUGAAUCUACGCCUGGCUGACGUUAGGAUUCUUACUUUUGGAUUUUACAUUUUUUCUUUUUAAAACAACUUGGACGGAUAAAAGAUGUGCCAUGGCAGGAUAGCACCAAAGAGCAGCUCAGCGUUGGCCGUGGCCUCCGUCAGACAUGGAGCCUUCCUUCCGCUGGUGGUCCUCAGUACCCUGCUUGGAGACGGGCUUGCCUCCGUGUGCCCCCUGCCCCCGCAGCCAGAGAAUGGAGGCUACAUCUGCCACCCCCGGCCCUGCAGAGAGCCCCUGACAGCCGGCAGCGUCAUCGAGUACCAGUGUGCCGAGGGCUACAUGCUGAAGGGCGAUUACAAGUACCUGACAUGCAAGAACGGCGAGUGGAAGCCGGCCAUGGAUAUCAGCUGCCGUCUCAACGAGGACAAAGACACCCACACGUCGCUCGGGGUCCCCACGCUGUCCAUAGUGGCUUCCACUGCCAGCUCCGUGGCUCUCAUUCUCCUCCUCGUGGUGCUGUUCGUGCUGGUGCAGCCGAAGCUGAAGUCUUUUCAUCACAGCAGGCGUGACCAGGGCGUGUCUGGGGACCAGGUCUCCAUCAUGGUGGAUGGAGUCCCAGUCGCAUUGCCAUCCUACGAGGAGGCCGUGUACGGCAGCUCUGGCCACUGCGUGCCGCCCGCCGACCCCAGAGUGCAGAUCGUGCUGUCCGAAGGCUCUGGGCCCGGUGGGAGGGGCGUGCCGAGGGAGCAGCAGCUGCAGGACCAGGGCGCCUGCUCCUCCUCGGGCGGAGAGGACGAGGCCCCGGGCCAGUCCGGACUGUGCGAGGCCCGGGGCUCCCGGGGCUCAGAGACAGUGCUGGUGCAUCAGGCAACCACCUCUUCCUGGGUGGCCGGCUCAGGGAACAGCCGACUGGCACACAAAGAAGCUGUGGAUUCCGAAAGCAGUGACAUACAAAGCCUUUUAUCCCUCACGUCGGAGGAGUACACAGACGAUAUUCCACUGUUGAAAGAAGCAUGAGGGCUGCCACCGGCCCCUGUCCUCGCUCCGAGGGUCCGCCCUGCCCUUCUUCCCUGUCCUGUGGGUUUGAGCACCCUGUACCCUCCAGCCACCCUGCCCUGAGCUGCCUCCUGUGUUUCCGUGUAUCCCUGAAGGCCUGCAGCCACCUCGCUGGAAAUCAAGGAAGAUCACCGUCGGCCUGCUGCACAGCUGGAGGAACUGGCCCUUUGCCCGGCCCAGCCCGGCCAUCUGUCAGGGACAUAUUUGAAUGUGCUGGCUCGAACCCUCCCUCCUUCCCUCCCUGAGCCUGGGAGCCCCCUCCAGCCAGCUCUUGGGCAGCAGCCCCCAGGGUCUACGUGGGCCCGAGUGCCGCUGUGUUUACUUGUGCCUUCCCCCUACCCUGUCCAGCCCCCGUGUUGUGCAGGCUUGUGGCUCUCUACAAGCCUUACUGACUGCCACCCGGAGGACCGGGCCUGGCUCUGCCACCCUGACAGGAGCAGAUGCGAGUGAGAGCUCUCACGUCCCAGGGGGCUCUCACUGGGGCAGGAGUGGGUCCCUGGGCUUGCCCUGGGUCAACACCCUGGGCAUAUUUGCUUGGUUGAGCCUGGAGGAUUUGGAGAAUCAUGCCAAAGCUGUCCCAGCACCCGGCUGUCUAGCUGAGAGGUGCAGGCUCCUGGCCUUGUUGAGUGGAGAGAUUCCGGAAGAUCCUGAGGGAAGAAAGGAAGGUGGCCGGUAAUGAUUGUCUUCCGAAUAUGCAAAUUCUCACUUCCUGCUUCCUGCAGCAACCUUCCUGGCCUCGGUUUUUCCAUUUCCCUGCAAUGGUAGGGGAAGUUGUGUGCUGCCUCCUGGGCCGCAUCCCAGGCCACUCUGGCUUCCUUGUCGCCCGCUGGGCCUGGGGCGGGAGAGUUGCUGAGUUGCCUUGGGGUGGCUGCCUGGUCGCUGGCAGUCGGCAAGUUGCCCCUUCUGGGUUCGUGGUGACAGAGGAGAGGCACAGGCCAAGAGUCCGGGUGGCUGCAGGCAGCUCCAGCCCUGUCCUGAGGAUCCUCACCACGGUCACGUGCCUUAGUAGCUGUGCCCAGGAAGUGGCCUGCUGCCUGCUGCUUUGCCUCCGUCUGCCCUUCCUUGUCACCUGUCUGCCUGUCCCAGCUGACAGGUGGCUCCUUGUCUCCCCCGACACCCUGGAGGUAGGGUGGGUGGGUACAGGGCCCUCGGAGGGGAGCCCUGGCGAUGAGGGGCCUCUCGCUUUGCCCUGCGUUGAAUGCUGACAGGCUGGGUGGGAAGGCCCUGCCCAGCGGCAGUCAUCUUCAGAAGGUAGACGUGGCAUUAAGGAAUGUUUGCUUUUACUUUUUCUAAUCUCGGAAGCUCUGGGGCUGGAAACUUGGCAGCUGCCCCUGUGCUGCCCCUCGCUCCUCCCCCAGGCCCGUCUGUAUGGGAUGGUAACAGAAAUAAAGCCCAGUAGACUUACGCGCCUGACCUAGAGUUCGCUCCUGGCCUGGGUGGGCUCUAGCAUUAGAGGGACAGCCCCCUCCCAGCCCACUGCUCUCCUGCCUCCAUUCACACACAAUGCACUUUACUUGCUGGUCAUUCCCUGACCUCUUUCACCACCACUUGUUGUCUUCCUUCCUCUCAGGGUAAGGGCAGCACCUGCUGUGCCUGUGGUUACCCACGUGUCCCCCUACCCAGGAGCCCGAAGCUCCAGCUAGUGUGGUCAGACAGGGAAGAUGCUGGAAGGGGGGAAGGCAGGAGCUUGAGCGGGGGGAGCCUGGCGGACCCAGCUGCCUUACUGUGCAUAGACUCCCGCACCCGCAGGGGCACCCUUGUCCUUCUGAAACCAGGGUGCAGGGGUGGCCACGUCCUGGUCUCACUGCUGAGCCCCAGCUUUUGUGUCCCACUCCUCUGGAGCCCCAGUUCUGCUCCGGAAUCCUUUCUGAGCGGCGGCUCACCCUUUUCUCCCUGAUUCCUCUGGCAUUUCCCUCUGAGAGGCUGCACUUUGUAUUUUUGGGUUCAUUCAGCCACUCGGUGACUGACUAGCUUGGUGCCUGCCUUCUCCAAAGCUGCCUUCCACCUCCUGCCAUUGCCAGGGUUGCAAGCCCAGGCUCGCCUACCAGGCAGGAGAGAGAAGGAGGGCGGAGCAUAGGGGUGCCCCUGCUGCCCCAUCCUCGCCCCCUCCCCCAUCGCUGGCUUUGAUGAGAGCCCUGGGCCGUGGGUGCAGGCGGGAAGACACAGCUCCUGCUGGCAUCGUGAUGACCCUCCCACAGCUGCUUCUCUUUUCCCCCAAAGCAAUCUCGUAACCAUUGGCACGUGCUCUGCUCCCAGGGCUUCUGGGCCUUGUGGCUCACAGAGGGAUUAGGGGCUCCACAGCUGCCUGAGGUGGAGCCUGGCUGGGCGACCAAGGCAGCCUUAGGUGCGGCGCUGUUAGGAAGGGGGCCGCCUCAGGAGCCUGGAGCAGGUGGGAGAAACUGACCGCAGCCCUGCCUUCCGGGGAGUAGGGCAGAAGCCUGGAGAAACGGGCAGCGCCAAAGGACUUCCAUUAUAAAAAGGGUUUUGUUUCUGUUUUUCUUUGCACACUUGCGCUGAUUCAAUAUAGGUUUCUUGUCCUGGAGAUGUGCAGUCGCAUCCUAGAGACCCUCAAGGGCCAGAAUCUGGUGAAAAUCACUCACAGUUUCCGUCCCUUCCAGGCCUUGGUUUAGCAGCCAGGCCCUGUCUGUUGCCUCUUUGUGCUUCGCGUGCCGUGCUCCGUUUCGCUGGGCGUGCGCUGUGCCGUGGGCCACAUCCUGGCCGCUUUGUGAGUGAGUUUGGUUUCUGAGGCAUUUCAGUGUACAUUUGACAAGCACUCCAUUUGCAAACAGAACUUCAACAGAUACUGCCUUCCCCGUCACCUUGGCCCCCCCCUCCCCCCCAGCUUUAGAUUUGUGCGGAGAAGCCACUGGCGAGACAAAGGUAUACUCUUCCCGCUCCAUCCGUGGUGGCGCAGGGUCGGGCAGCCCUCUGCCUGCUCCUGCCCGUCCCCGCCCCAGCCGAGUGCUCAGCCACUUGGCUUCCCACAGGACAACGCGGCCUCUGUUUCCGGGAACAUCCUCGCGUAGAGAAUGGAAUAUGCUGCAAACGUUUCUACACCCUCGCCCCCACCCCCGCCAGGGCAGAAAGGGCCUAGAGGGGAAGUGAGGAGCGGACUCCACAGCUGGAUUCCAGAUGUGCUGGCCUGGGACCCCGGCAAGGCCGGGAGCUCCUCUCGGGGGACCUGCUGGGUCUCCUCGCUCUCAGCACGGGGACAGGCAGUGGUGGCCCCAAGUAGGGGCUUGGGGACUGUUUUGCUUGGCAGAUGCGGUGGCCUGUUCCCCAGAGAGGGAAAGGUGGCAGGGCCAGCUUUUCUGGGAAAGACUCUAGUUUCCAGUAGGAGCCUGGCAGAAUUUUGAAUGAGCGGCCAAGCCAGCUGGAGGAGAUGCAGGGACAGAGUCCUCUGGUUGCUAAGCAGGGAGAGAGAGGCAGCUCCCGCACCUGCCCUGGCUUCUUACGGUUAUCACACCACUGUGGCACCCUUCGCACAAUGGUACUCUCCUGAUGGUUUCAGACAACGCGCGCAUAAUUGACUCUGUGCAGGAUGUCACUCAAUCAGUUUGGGUUUGCUUUAUUUUAUUUUAUAUAUAUUUUUUUGGUAUCCUGUACAUUGCAGUGGGUGUGAAGAUAGUAUUUUAAUAUUUGUACAAAGUUAAUUUAAUUUUAAUUGUUCUAUGUAUAUAACUGCAUUUCUAAAAUAAUAAUAAUAAUAAAAAAAAGUUCUUACGAAGGCAGUUGU